AUGACUGAGCUUGAUCUUUCUGCAGAGGUUUAUCCUUGUCCAAAAGGGUCACUAAGGCACAGAGAUGUGGUCAAGAAAAUUGGAGGGAAGGAGCAGUUUCCACUGCUUGUUGACACUAGUACUGGUAUCUCAAUGUAUGAAAGUGGAGAUAUUGUGAAGUACCUGUUCAGGAAUUAUGGACAAGGAAAGAGCCCUUCUCCUGGACUUCUUGAGAGUACAAUUUUCACAGGAUGGGUGCCCACUCUUCUUAGAGCUGGAAGAGGAAUGACACUGUGGAACAAAGCUGAUGCUGUACCUGCAGAGAAGUUGGAGCUCUUCUCGUAUGAGAAUAAUUCUUAUGCCAGGAUAGUUCGAGAGGCUCUGUGUGAAUUAGAGCUUCCUUAUGUUCUCCAGAACGUUGGAGAGGGAUCAUCAAAGACGGAAUUGCUUCUAAGGAAGUCGGGGUCUAAGCAGGUGCCAUAUCUGAUUGACCCUAACACUGGAUUCCAGUCGAGUGACCAUAAGAAGAUACUAGCUUACUUAUUCCAGCAGUACUCAAUUAGUAGCCAGUAG